CUCUUUUAGGAGGUCAUCCAACAAUGCUGUGGGCACCGGUGACCAUACUUCCAGCAUGUUAAAGAAGCUAGUGAGAAAAUUACAGAAGAAUCUACUAAACACAGCAGAGAAAGCUGGAGGAAAGUGCAGGAGUGCGGCCAGAGAAAAGGUACACUGGGUUCCACAGGAAAAUAUCGGGGUGUAGAGUGGAUCUUGAUCCAGAGGCACCAACAGGCUAAAGCUCGAGGCUGUCCCAAGAUGUAUUGGGGCCUCCUCUUUAACCCCACCUACAGGCACUGUGAGCUCAGUUUCAUUAACCAGUCCAAUGUAGGAGCAGAGCCAUGUUCUGCAAUGACCUUAAAGAAAAAUACGAAGAAAAAAUAUUAAUCAAAGGAGUAGAUGCAGAAACCAUGAGGAUAAUCCUGGAUUACACGUAUACCAGCAAAAUGGUGAUCACAAAGCAAAAUGUGCAGAAAAUAUUAGAGGCUGCUGGUCUCUUUCAGUUCUUGAGAAUGGUAGAGGCUUGUUCCAGUUUCCUUACAGAAGCUCUUCAUCCUGAGAAUUGUGUUGGGAUUUUGAGACUUGCAGACGCUCACUGCCUGGAAUCUUUAAAGCUGCAAGUUCAGAACUAUAUUAUACAAAACUUUUCCCAGGUUUUGAACCAUGAGGAAUUCCUGGAGCUACCGUCUGACAUUCUAUAUCAUAUUCUUAAGAACGAUGAGCUGUAUGUAACUGAAGAAGCCCAGGUCUUUGAGACUGUCAUAAACUGGGUGCAUUAUAAGAAAUCAGAAAGAUUUUCUCUUCUGCCAAAAAUGUUAGAAUGUGUCCGCCUUCCCUUAUUGGAUCCCUGGUAUUUUGUUGGCACAGUAGAAGCCAAUGAAUUGAUUAGACAAUGCCCAGAUGUAUUCCAUUUAAUGCAAGAGGCACGCAUGUAUUAUGUGACUGGUAAUGAGAUUAUCUCGGAGAGGACAAAGCCACGAACUCAUGAAUUUCAGUCUGAGGUGUUCAUGAUAAUUGGAGGAUGCACCAAAGAGGAAAAGUUUGUUACAGAGGUCACCUGUCUCGAUCCUUUACGGAGAAGCCGUCUAGAAGUAGCAAAAUUGCCAGUGUGUGACCAAGAAAGUGAAAGUGAACAUAAAAAAUGGGUUGAGUUUGCAUGCAUAACCUUUAAAAAUGAGGUCUUCAUAUCAGGUGGUAAAGAAACCCAACAUGAAGUUUGGAAAUACAACUCCUCCAUCAAUAAAUGGAUACAAAUAGAAUAUCUGAAUGUGGGGAGAUGGAGGCACAAGAUGGCUGCACUGUGUGGGAGAGUGUAUGCAGUUGGUGGAUUUGAUGGCUCCCAAAGAAUCCACAGUGUUGAAUCCUAUGACCCUUUCCACAAUUGCUGGACAGAGGUAGCCCCAUUAGCAAUCAGUGUAAGUUCAUUUGCCGCAGCAAGUCACAAGAACAAGCUAUAUGUUAUAGGGGGUGGACCCAAUGGAAAGCUGGCAACAGACAGAACUCAGUGUUAUGACCCAUCUACUAACAAGUGGAGUUUUAAAUCAGCAAUGCCAGUCGAAGCAAAAUGCAUUAAUGCCGUGACCUUCCAUGAUCAGAUCUACGUGGUUGGUGGGGCAAUGAGAGCAAUGUAUUCGUACAGUCCUUUGGAAGACUCUUGGUGCCUUGUGACAAAGUUUAGCCACGAGCGAGCGAGCUGUGGAAUCGCAGCCUGUUGCAAUAAAAUAUUCAUCACGGGUGGGCGAGAUGAGAGAAAUGAGGUCAUUGCUACUGUCCUGUGUUGGAACAUUGAAACAGAAAAACUGACUGAAGAAUGUGUCCUCCCUCGCAACGUUUCCCAUCACAGCAGCGUAACAAUAAGAAAAUCAUACAGCCACAUCCGCCGGAUAGUCGCAGGGGCAGUCUCUGUCUAAGCACCAAGGGUGCAGCGCUCCAUCUGGAUCAUUCCCUCAUUUAAUGCAUUCUUCAACAAAAUAAUAUAUGGGGAGACAACUUGAGUUACAGUAUAUUCUUUCUGCAGAUUCCAUAUUGUGAAAGCUCAUUUAUUAACCUGGCACAGAUACUGUAUAUGUAACCCAUAUCAAAGUAUGUGGCUUUUACAUUGGACUAAAGAUAGCUAAUAUCUGAUUGCUAGCUAUGGGUUAUACAGUAGAUCAUUGUGAUACAGUAUUUGCCUUGUUAUUUAAUUAGCCCUUUUGGGCUAUAAUUAAAGCAUACAACAUUUGUUUGUA